UAAAAGAGCAUCAUCCAUUCUCCAAACCCAAGACGCAGUCAUGCUGAAGUUUGUCAUCCUUGUGCUUUUUGCUGCUGGUGCUUACGGCUGUGGGCGCCCCACCUUCGCCCCCGUGGUGACCAGAGUCGUGGGGGGUGAGGACGCCAGACCGCACAGCUGGCCCUGGCAGAUCUCUCUCCAGUACACGAGGAAUAAUAACUGGUAUCACACCUGCGGCGGGACUCUGAUCGCGUCCAACUGGGUCCUCACUGCUGCGCACUGCAUCAGCAGCAGCAACACCUACAGGGUGGUCCUGGGCAAGUACAACCUGAAGGAGUCAGAGCCCGGAUCUGCGGCCAUCCGUGCGGCUAAGAUCGUCGUUCAUGAGAACUGGAACUCUUACUACAUCUGGAAUGACAUCGCCCUGGUGAAGCUCCAGACUCCUGUGACCAUCAGUGACACCAUCAUGCCUGCCUGUCUUCCUGACGCUGGGGUCAUCCUGCCCAACAGAGCACCGUGCUAUGUCACCGGCUGGGGCCGUCUCUGGACGAACGGACCCCUGGCGGACGCCCUGCAGCAGGCCCUGCUGCCCGUCGUCGACCACGCCACCUGCACGCAGCCGGACUGGUGGGGCAGCACGGUGAAGACCACCAUGGUGUGCGCAGGAGGGGAUGGGCAGCUGUCCAGCUGCAACGGAGACUCCGGCGGCCCCCUGAACUGCCAGGGCAGUGAUGGGUCCUGGGAGGUCCACGGUAUCGUGAGCUUCGGCUCCAGCCUGGGCUGCAACUACCCCAAGAAGCCCUCUGUCUUCACCCGCGUCAGCGCCUACAUCAGCUGGAUCAACAACGUUCUCUAUAUCUCCCAGAACCACCAGUGCACCCACAGACCAGCACCAGACACCAGUAUUGCCCCCUUUAUUCUCUAG